GCCAAGAGAAUACAGUGUAUAUUCUUUUUACGCUUAUGCUUUUGAUUACAUCGUUUUCGUUGUCGUCGUCGUCGUCGUCGUCGCCGUCGUCGUCGUCGUCGUCGUCGUCGUCGCCGCCGUCGUCGUCGCCGUCGUCGUCGUCGUCGUCGUCGUCGUCGCCGCCGUCGUCGUCGCCGUCGUCGUCGUCGUCGUCGUCGUCGUCGCCGCCGUCGUCGUCGCCGUCGUCGUCGUCGUCGUCGUCGUCGUCGUCGCCGUCGUCGUCGUCGUCGUCGUCGUCGUCGUCCUCGUCGUUAUCGUCAUUGUCGUCGUCGUCGUCGUCAUCGUUGUGGUUGUCGUCAUAUUCUCAUCCUUAUCGACAACGUACGCAGCCUGUGAUACUAUAAUAUACGCAAGUAUCACGAUAUUGCACGUCGUAUACCAUUACUGCUUCAAAAUUAAAAAGAAUAAUCUAUUAACCGUCGUUGUUCUGUCACAUUACACGCCA